AUGCUGUUCUCUCAGUGUCUCUGUGGUUGUGUACAGUGAUGCAUGCAAAGUUUAUCUUCGUUUUGGCUGUGGCCUAUGUGUCGGCCCAGGCUGGCCUGGAGCAGCAGGCCAGGGAGUUUCUGCAGAAGUUCGACGAGGAAGCCACAAAUCUAAUGUAUCAGUACUCCCUGGCUUCUUGGGAAUACAACACCAACAUCACGUCUGAGAACUCUGCCAAGCUGGCAGUGCAGGGCGAGGUAUGGGCCAACUAUUACAGCAAGGUGUCCAAGGAAUCGCUCGCUUUUCCUGUCGAUCAAAUACCGGAUCCCAUCAUUAAAAUGCAGUUGAUCGCACUUCAGGACAAAGGGUCAGGAGCUUUAUCCAAGGAGGAAGUGGAUCGGCUCAACAAAGUGAUGAGCGAAAUGAGCAGCAUCUACAGCACAGCCACCGUGUGUAAAGCUGACGACCCCUUCAACUGCCAGACCCUGGAGCCAGGUCUGGAAAGCGUCAUGGCAAACAGCAAAGAUUAUUACGAGCGUCUGCAUGUGUGGGAGGGCUGGAGGGUGGAGGUGGGCAAGAAGAUGCGUCCACUCUAUGAAGAUUAUGUGGACCUGAAGAACAAAGCCUCCAAACUGAAUGGCUACGAAGACUACGGGGACAACUGGAGGGGAAAUUAUGAAACAAUGGAUGAAGGAAAAUACCGUUACACUCGUGAUGAACUUAUGCAAGAUGUUCACCAGAUAUACACAGAGAUAAUGCCGCUAUACACGGAGCUGCAUGCUUACGUGAGGAGUAAACUGCAGAAGGUAUACCCUGAGCACAUCAGCUCCAAUGGGGGGCUUCCUGCUCACCUGCUGGGUGACAUGUGGGGGAGGUUCUGGACAAACCUUUAUCCGCUUUCAAUCCCUUAUCCCAAUAAGCCAAAUAUUGAUGUAACCUCAGCUAUGGUUGCUAAUGGCUGGACACCAAUGCAAAUGUUUCAAGAAGCAGAGAAAUUCUUUGAGUCAGUGGGUUUGUACAAGAUGUUCCCAAACUUCUGGACCAACUCCAUGUUUGUGAGGCCCAGUGACGGCAGAAAUGUUGUGUGCCACCCAACGGCCUGGGACAUGGGCAACAGACAGGACUUCAGGAUAAAAAUGUGCAGCAAGGUGAACAUGGACGACUUCCUGACCGUUCACCAUGAGAUGGGCCACAACCAGUAUCAGAUGGCCUACCGCAACCUGUCCUACCUGCUGCGGGAUGGCGCCAACGAGGGCUUCCAUGAGGCCGUGGGCGAAAUUAUGUCCCUGUCCGCGGCCACGCCCCAACACAUGAAGGCCUUGGGCCUCCUGGCUCCCGACUUCCAGGACGACAGUGAGACAGAGAUCAACUUCCUGUUGAAGCAGGCCUUGACUAUAGUGGCCACACUCCCCUUCACAUACAUGCUGGAAGACUGGAGGUGGCAGGUGUUCCAGGGUAAAAUCCCCAAGGACCAAUGGAUGCUGCAGUGGUGGCAGAUGAAGAGGGACCUGGUGGGAGUGGUCGAGCCGUUGCCCAGAGACGAGACAUACUGUGACCCUGCCGCCCUCUUCCACGUGUCCAGUGACUACUCCUUCAUCAGGUACUUCACCAGGACUAUCUACCAGUUCCAGUUCCAGGCAGCGCUCUGUGAAGCCGCUGGACAUAAGGGACCAUUGUUCAAGUGUGACAUCAGCAACUCGACCAACCAAGAAGCUGGCAAAAAGCUCAGGACAAUGUUGGAGUUGGGAAAAUCAAAGUCAUGGACCCGAGCUCUGGAACAAAUUUCAGGGGUGACCAGAAUGGACUCCAGACCCCUGCUAGACUACUUUAGCACCCUGCAUGACUGGCUAAAGAACGAGAAUAUGAAGAACAAUAACAUGCCAGGCUGGAAAGCUGCUGUGGAUCCCUAUUCAGAGAAUGCCUUCAAAGUGAGGCUGAGCCUGAAGACAGCGCUAGGCCCGGAAGCGUACCCCUGGAAUGACAACGAGCUGUAUCUGUUCAAAACUGUCAUGGCGUAUGCCAUGAGGCAAUACUACCUCCAGGAAAAGGGGACGCAAGUCAACUUUGUCUCAGAAAACAUCUAUACUUACAAACUGAUGCCCAGGGUUUCCUUUUUCUUUGUCGUGACCGAUCCCGUCAGCCCAACGACAGUCAUCCCAAAGAGUGAGGUAGAGGCAGCCAUUCGGUUGUCAAGAGAGCGAAUCAACAGUGCAUUCUUGCUGGAUGACGACACGCUGGAGUUUGAGGGUCUCAUGACUCUGCUGACGCCCCCCUCCGAGCCCCCAGUAACAGUGUGGCUGGUGGUUUUCGGGGUGGUCAUGGGACUGGUGGUGUGCGUGGGCGCAUACCUUAUCAUCUCUGGGUUCCGGGCCAGGAAGGGUAAAUCAAAGGCAGAGGAGCCAGAAAACCCCUAUGAAACUCAGUUGGAAGGGGUGACAAACAAAACCUUUGAAGCAGACAGUGAGGAACAAACAGGAGACUAUGAGGAGCUGUAGACGGUGAUAUUCGAACAGCAAUUGAAACUAAUUCUGAACAUCCAUGCAGCAAAUUGUAUCUUUUGGAAAAGACAGAAGACAGACUUAUGUAUCUCCUAACUGGGACCUUUUGUGUAAGAUGUGUUCAAACCUUAUUCAGUGUAAUUUAUUGUGUAAACGCACAGAGUGUAUAUUUGAGGGUGGUAUAUUAAGAUAUCACCAGUAAAUUUCAAUCUUACAGUUUUUCAAUAGUACAUGAGUAAGAUGUUCUAAUGUUUAGUAUUAUGUAUAUUUUUGUAAUGACAAAGAUGGAAUUUAAAGGUAUAUUCUGAAGUGCUGACAGUAUGUAAGUCUGGUACUUCUGCUAUUGAUGGCUUUAUGAAGGCUGCUUUGAUAUUUUUCAAUUCAAUUUUGAAAGUAAAUUUUUAGAGCUCGUUUAUGUGAGGUUCAUACUCUGACAAUAUGAACACUACUGAGUUUAUAUAAUAUAGACUCUGUACAUUUUCUAACAGAGUUCAAUGUUGAAAUGAAAAUAGUUUCUUUUUUCCCAUGCAUUAAAUACAGUUAAUGAAUGCAAAAUAAAAAAAAAUAUGUACAGUUAA